GAGCUCACCCGGCAGCCAGCCUUGUGUUCACCGAAGCUAUUCUAUACCUUCAACUUCUACAUUCCGCUAUGAACGCGACGAAAUGUUAACAUGGCUCUAACUUCUUGGAAAACGUUCGAUUUCUUCGAGGUCAGCCAAGUCAAACCGCCGGAUGAUGAGAGUAAAUCCAUCUUCGAGAACAACGAAAUAAGCUGCGUAUGCUCCGGCUCCGAGAAUCUCUUCAUAGGAAGCUAUGAUGGCACUGUGCGAAUCUUAUCCUCGAAUUUCAAGAUUCUGCGAACAUUCCAAGCACACGAUGUUGGGUCGAUAACUCAUAUGAAACAAGUGGAAGGCACAUCGUUGCUGGUUACAAUAGCUGAAGAUUUAUCACACGAACCGAUUCUGAAAGUAUGGGCAUUAGACAAACCUGUGAAGAAGACGGGCUUACCGACAUGUCAAUCGAGUUUGAGUAUCCAAAAUGGGCGGAAACAGUUUCCUAUAUCUGCAUUUACCGCAAUGGAUGAUCUUUCGCAAUUGGCUGUGGGAUUCGGAAAUGGUGCAGUGACCGUUAUAAGAGGAGAUUUGAUCCAUGAUAGGGGAGCGAAGCAAAGAACAGUACACGAAUCCGAGGAACCGAUUACCGGACUUUCAUUUCGAGAAGAAGAACGACUUGUUAAUUUGUACGUCGCCACAACCUCACGUCUUGUGAAGCUCGUCAUUUCAGGAAGAGCGCAUAAUCAAUCAGCUAGACCGGUCGAAGAUUCUGGAUGUGGUGUGGGAUGCAUGACGGUGGAUAAAAAGAAUAGUGAUAUAUUAGUAGUCCGAGAUGAUGCUAUUUAUUACUAUAGAGUCGACGGUCGAAAUUCGUGUUAUGGUUAUGAUGGUACAAAAAGCCUAGUAGCAGUUUAUGGGGAUUAUGUUGCGAUAGUCUCUCCCCCCGCUACAUCAAGUGCGACGAAAUCCAGUGCCAUUCGGCGAUUUGGUGGGGCUCAUGCAGAUGAUUUAUUCAACACGUCGACAUUCACCUUAUUGGAUACAGAUCUAAAAUUUGUGGCCCACUCGGAGUCAUUAGUUUCGCAAGUCAAAGACUUGUUUAUGAUUUGGGGCGAUUUAUUUACGUUAACACAAGAUGGGAAGAUACAUCGUUAUCAUGAGAAGCCGUUACAACAGAGACUUGAGACUCUAUACCAAAGAAAUCUCUACGUACACGCAAUCAAUUUGGCUCAAAAGGCUGGUAUGGACUCUAAGCAGCAAAACAUGAUUUUCAGGAAAUCGGGAGACUUCUUGUAUCAAAAAGGAGACUACGAUGGCGCCAUGCAACAAUAUCUGAAAGCUAUUGAUAGCACUGAGCCAUCACAAGUUAUCCGAAAAUAUCUUGAUACUCAACGCAUCCAUAAUUUGAUUGAAUAUCUCGAAGAGCUUCAUGAACAUCACAAAGCGACAGCUGAUCAUACCACUUUACUUCUGAAUUGCUAUGCUAAAUUAAAAGAUAUUGAUAAACUGGAGAAGUUCAUCAAAUCUCCCGGUGAUCUGAAAUUUGACCUCGAAACCGCUAUUACAAUGUGCAGACAAGGCGGUUACUAUGAACAAGCUGCCUACCUUGCGAAAAAGCAUGGCGAGCAUGAGUUAGUAGUAGACAUAUUGAUAGAAGACUCCAAAAGAUAUCCGGAAGCUCUACAAUAUAUUUGGCGAUUGGAUCCUGAUUUCGCCUAUCCAAUUCUUAUGAAAUAUGCCAGAGUCCUUUUGGGGCAUUGUCCGAAAGACACAACUCAAGUCUUUAUUGACUACUACACAGGAAGCUACAGGCCAAUGAAAGAUGUCGUUAUUACUUCGGAGGCCCCUGUGCAGCAUGCUGGGUAUGCAGCUGGUGCCGCGGGUGCCGCUGUCAAUGCUGUUGCUAACAUGAGGGAUUUGAUUCCACUCCCUUUUAUGAAUAAUUCAACUAUUUCUUCACCUGCGACUGUAAGCAAUGUUAAUGCUGCACCGGCCGACGGUCAAGUAGCUGAAGAUCUUGAACCACCGCCACCGGCUUACAACCCGCCGCAACCAAGGACUGCGUUCUCCUCUUUCGUGGAUCAUCCUGAGGAAUUCAUAGUGUUCUUGGAAGCAUGUCUCAAAGAGCCGGGCUUGAAAGAGCGUGAUAAGAUUGAUCUUUACACAACUUUGUUUGAGAUGUACCUGCAUAAAUCAAAUGAAAAGAAUGGACGUGAUCGCGAAGAAUGGGAAGGAAAAGCGAAAAAGCUUAUUGAGGGUGAAGAUAUUCCCAUUGAUAUUUCCAACGUACUUUUGCUUUCCCAUCUUUCGGAUUUCAAGGAUGGCACUACGCUUGUUCGUGAACAAGCUGGUCUACGUUUCGAUAUCUUCCGAUCAUAUGCUGCUGCAAAGGAUACUCGUGGGGCCAUCAAAGCUUUACGGAAGUAUGGCCCUGAAGAGCCUCAGUUAUAUCCAGCAGCCCUUGCAUAUUUCACAUCAGACCCAAGAAUUCUCGAAGAAGCCGGAGAUGAACUAGACGCAGUACUGGAAAAGAUUGACACCGAUGGACUUAUGGCACCUCUGCAAGUUAUUCAAACAUUAAGCACCAACGCAGUAGCUACCAUGGGUAUGGUGAAAACCUAUCUCCAGCAAACCAUCGAACGUGAACGCAAAGAAAUAGCCACCAAUCGUCGUACGAUCACCUCUUAUCGUACAGAUACAGAAACCAAACGUCAAGAAAUCAACGAACUCUCUUCCAAGCCUCAAACUUUCAACGCCACACGCUGUUCUUUCUGCGGCACACAACUAGAUCUUCCCACGGUCCAUUUCCUUUGUAAACAUAGUUUCCAUCAAAGAUGUCUCAAAAAUGAUGACGAGGGGAAUGUCGAAGGAGACUGCCCAACGUGUAAAAAGGAAAACGAUACGAUUAAGGCGAUCAGGAGAGGCCAGGAAGAGACGGCUGAGAGGCAUGAUUUGUUUUUGGAUAUGCUUGGUAGAAGUGGAGAUAAGUUCGGGAUGGUGGCGGAAUUUUUUGGUAGGGGGGUUAUGGAGGUUCCAGGGGUGGAGUGAGGAUUGAGGAAUGGAUCGAAAAGGGAGUGGAGGAAUUGUGGAUAGCAUGAAGUGGCAUGAGAUUACAUAAUAAGAAUUUGGGUUGAUAUUAAUAUGAGAGAAAUAAUCUUUCUUCCA